GGCGUCGGCGCGGCGCGGCGGUGUGACGUCAUCGCGCCGUGACGGAGAGGGGGGUGGGAGAGGGGAGGGGCGGCAUGGCGGCCGCCAGGUCGUUCAGGAGGCGCAGGGAGGAGCCCGAGGAGGAUGAGGAGGACGAGGAGCUGGCCAGGGAGGUCAGGUUAAAACUCGAGGAAGCCAAAGAAGUGCAGAGCCUCAGAAAGCGACCCAAUGGGGUGAGCGCUGUAGCUCUGCUUGUGGGAGAGAAGCUGCAAGAAGAAGCGACGCUUGUGGAUGACCCAUUUAAGAUAAAAUCUGGGGGGAUGGUGGACAUGAAGAAACUGAAAGAACGAGGCAAGGACAGGAUUAAUGAAGAGGAAGAUCUUAACUUGGGAACUUCCUUCUCGGCUGAAACCAACAGGCGAGAUGAAGAUGCUGACAUGAUGAAGUACAUUGAGACAGAGCUGAAGAAGAGGAAAGGAAUUGUGGAGAAUGAGGAGCAGAAGGUGAAGCUUAAGAAUGCUGAGGACUCUCUGUAUGAGCUGCCAGAGAACAUCCGUGUCUCCUCUGCCAAGAAGACUGAAGAGAUGCUGUCCAACCAGAUGCUAAGUGGCAUCCCUGAAGUGGACCUGGGAAUUGAUGCAAAAAUAAAAAACAUCAUCUCAACUGAAGAGGCGAAGGCCAAGCUGCUGGCAGAGCAGCAGAACAAAAAGAAAGACAGUGAAACUUCCUUUGUUCCUACAAACAUGGCUGUUAACUAUGUCCAGCACAACAGAUUUUAUCACGAGGAACUAAAUGCACCAGUGAGAAGAAAUAAAGAAGAGCCAAAGCCCCGUCCUCUGAGAGUGGGGGAUACAGAGAGACCAGAACCCGAGCGGUCUCCUCCAAAUCGCAAACGUCCACCCAAUGAAAAAGCAACCGACGAUUAUCACUAUGAGAAGUUCAAGAAGAUGAACAGGCGAUACUGAUGAAUGUGGACUGAAGUCUUUGCAGACGUUCUUGUUUUCUACUAAUAGAGAAUUUUGUGUCAGUGACCUGAAACGGAGGUGGGGAGAGUCACUGCCUUCACGUGCUGGUGUUAACUACAAACCUUUUCUUGUGAUCUUGUAGUGAAUCAGUUUGCAGGUGAUUGUGAACUCUGGUCGGUAAAAUCUUGUAUAUAACUUAUUUUCAGUUAUAAAACUUCUUUUAUAAAAA